AUGGGGAUCAUAUAUGUGCUGAGGAACGAGGGAGGAGGUUUCCUCCUAGGAUUCACGGGUUCUAUUGGGCAUUCCAAGAUCCUCCAGGCUGAAUUGAUAGCUAUCCUCCAGGGCCUUCGUGCUUGUUGGGGCAAUGGCUAUCGUCAGGUCCAGGUCUUCUUCGAUUCUACUCUAGCUAUUGCUAUGCUAAAGGGGUCUGUACCUCAGUUUCAUGUCUAUGCUGCUCUUAUUUUUUCUAUCAAGUCCAUGCUUCAUCGGUCUUGGCAAGUUGAGUUGCAACAUUCUCUUCGGGAGGGUAAUGCCCCGACAGACUUCAUGGCAAAGCUUGGUGCUGAUCUUCCUUCGGUGCAGCUCCAACAUUUCACAGAGCCUCCUUCGGGACUUGCUCCUUUGCUGUUGGCGGAUAGCCUUGGUGUUCCUCAAUUGAGGCCUUAG